AGCCGGAGCAUCCUCGAGGAGCCGAAGACUCCGCAGGCUCCCGCCAAGGGAAAGGAGCCACCGAGGUGUCCUCUGGGUGCUGGCAGGACAGGCUCUCCUGACCCCAGCUCCAGAAGCCCUGGCCCAGCGGAUGUGGUUACCCGCUGGGAGGCUCAAGAGCUUGCUUGCUCCCCGGGCCCCUGACAGCCCUCAGCCUUUGUCUGCACCUAAUUUUUUUUUUUUGCUGUUUGUUUCAAAAUAGGGGAAUCUGCACAUCGAGGAAUUCAAGAUGGUCCUGAGCGGGGCGCUGUGCUUCCGAAUGAAGGACUCAGCCCUGAAAGUGCUCUAUCUGCACAACAACCAGCUUCUGGCCGGAGGGCUACACGAGGGGAAGGUCAUUAAAGGUGAGGAGAUCAGUGUUGUCCCCAAUCGGUCACUGGAUGCCAGUCUGUCUCCAGUCAUCCUGGGUGUCCAGGGAGGGAGUCAGUGCCUGUCGUGUGGGACAGAGAAGGAACCAACACUGAAACUGGAGCCCGUGAACAUCAUGGAGCUCUACCGCAGCGCCAAGGAGUCCAAGAGCUUCACCUUCUACCGGAGGGACAUGGGACUCACCUCCAGCUUUGAGUCAGCCGCCUACCCAGGCUGGUUCCUCUGCACAGCGCCCGAGGCUGACCAGCCUGUGAGGCUCACCCAGAUCCCCGAGGACGCUGCUUGGGACACCCCCUGGGACGCCCCCAUUACGGACUUCUACUUCCAGCCCUGUGAUUAGGGCCACGCGCCCCCACAACUCCCGGGGCAGUGCCAGCUCCAGCGGGGGCAGGGGUGAGGGGGACCAUCCCUGCUCUCAGAACUCAGGACACCCAGCCGAGCUCCCUUCUUCUGGUCCCAGUUUGUGUAAAGUCUUCUCAGUUUGGGGAUCAGUACCCACAUUCAUUGCCCAUGGGGUGGUCCUACUGUGGAACCUUAAAACACCUCGUGGGAUAAACCGGGAGCAGCAUAAAAUUACUGAGUGGGAUUCCUUCAUGCUUAAAGGUGCCUGACUCAGCGCCCAGGUGCCCACUGAGGUCCUGUCACCCCCCGGGCUGCAGGAGAGGGAGGUGGCCACAGGUAGAUGGACCACGAUCCCCUGCCGGUCCAGCCCCUCCCCAUUCCUGCCAUGGUCUGCCUCUUCCGUCUCUGCCCUCUUCCUCUGGCCCUGGGCAUGGGAGGGCCUGGGAGGGUGUCACUGGGGAAGCAGCUUCACCUCAGAAGACAGGAGAUGGGCAUGCCAUCUCUUUUAGAAACCCAAGAUACAAAGAAAACCUCCAGUGCUGUUCUCUCCUCCCAUGGAAAGAUGUUUACAGCAUGUUGUGAAGAGCAUAUUACAAAGUCAGAGCUCUUGCAAUUUCUUUUGAGUUUAAAAGAAAUACCUAAGUAUAUAUUUCUGAAUCAAACCUCCCUGGAAGGUACGUCAGUAGCAGCAGGUUCUGGGUGGUGGCGCUAUAGGUGACUUUUCUGUCUAUUUUUAUUUUUAAUCUGUUUCCUAAUUUUUCUAUCAUGAGGAUGGGUUCCAAUUGUCAUUAUAAAAAAGAAGCUAAGAGGGAGAUUGAGGAACUGGAAAAGACACCAUUUCUGACUGUCCUCAGCCUCAAGCUGAGUUGAGCCCGCUGCUCUGGGGGGCAGACGCAGGGGCAGAAACCUCCCCAGCAAAGCACCAAGAAGAGGAUGCGAUGGGCUUGUGUGGCUGGAGUCUCCAGAGUAAGGGAGUCACAGGAAAUACCCCAGACAAAAGACAAACAGAACAAAUGAAAAAACAACAACAAUAACAAAAACCCUAUAUAAUAAAAACUUUUUAAAAAAUCAAAGUCAGCCUCAGCAACUUAGUGAGGCCCUCUGCAAACCAGUGAAACCCUGUCUCUAAAGAACAUAGUAAAAAAGGGCUGGAGAUGUGGCUCAGUAGUUAAGUGCCCCUGAGUUCAAUCCCUGGUACCAUCAUCAUCAUCGUCAUCAUCAUCAUAUCAUCAUCACAACAACAACAAUAAUGAUAAUAAUAAUUUUAAAAAUCCUGUGCUUUGAGCUGGAACGGCCCACAGUCCCUGGAAGCCCAAGACCUGGGAUCAGCUCCCAAGAGGGCUGCUGUACCAAAUGAAUAGUGUCCUUCCUGAGUUCAUGUCCUUCCUGGACCUCAGCCUGUGGCCUUCCUUGAGGAUGGGGUCUUUACGGAUGGUUGCCACAGGGUCAGGCUGCAUUAGGGUGGGCUAAAUUCUCCUGUGACUAGUGUCCUUGUAAGAAGAGGACCCAGAGACUCAGAGGAAGCACCGGAAGGUUGGACUGAGGCUGCCACUCGCCAAGGCAGGACAUCAGGACAGUGGCAACCUCCUGGAUUGUGAGAGAAUAAAUCUUUGUUGUUUGACGCGUGAAGUGUGUGGUGGCUGGCUGCAUAGCCGCCGUGACCCCAACUCCUGGAAUUCACACCCUGUAUGCACGCCUCCCACACUGCGCCAGAGGUGUCCUGGGCCAGUGGGAUGUGGCUAAAGUGACUGACGGCUUGCCCCCUGUGAGAGUAAGUUAUAGGAGACACUGGGCCUUCUAUCUUGAGAUGCCUUUUCUCUCUCUCUCUCGCUAUCCAUCUCUCCUCCUCUUCUCCGCUGGCUCUGUAGCUUCCUACGUACACC